UGGUUUUGGCCCAAGACACACGGUUGAAGCUAUAAUUACAGAUCUAAGGCACUCACGGUAAACUUAGGACCUGCAAUAGAAUGGCAACACACGCAGCGGCCAAACGACUCUGGAAGGAAUACAAGGAUAUAUCUAAUCCGAGGACCGGAUUAAAACAGGUUCAUGUUGAAAUCGAGGACGACAACAUUUUUCUAUGGAACGUUGCCUUGAUUGUCAUCGAUAAAGACGCAGAUUACAACGGAGCUUACUUAAAAGGCCAGCUCAAGUUCCCCUCCAAUUAUCCGUUUUCUCCACCGGGAUUCAAAUUUACACCACCAAUCUACCAUCCGAAUGUUUAUAAUGACGGGAGACUUUGUAUUUCCAUUUUACACGAGUCGGGAAACGACCAGAACGACGAACCGGAUAACGAGACAUGGUCACCAGCUCAAAGCGUAGAGUCCGUGCUGCUUUCUAUCAUCUCCUUAUUAGAAGACCCUAACAUAUCCAGCCCUGCAAAUGUCGACGCAGCUAUAGCAUUUAAGAAACACAGAGAAGAAUACCGCAAGCGUAUUUCCGUGGAGGUGGCAAGAUCACAGGCUAAUAUCCCCAAGGAUUUCGUGAUGCCUAACGCUGAAGAUCUGAAACAUAACCUCAAAGAGGAAGAGGAGCGCCAGGAUGAUGAGGACUGGUGGGAGGAUAAUUACUAUGAGGCGGAGGACGACUAUGAAGAUGAGGAUGAAGACAUGGAAUAUGACGAGGAAGACCAGGGUCUUGAGUCGGACGAAUAAAGCGGCGUCGUUUAGCAUGGGUUAGCCCAAUUGAAGCCGACUUAUAUGGGAUCUAUUAUAUGUUCUAGUCACAAUUUAUCCCUCAUGGCCUCGCUCAGCUUCUCUAAUUUCUUGAUGGCCAGCACUUUUGGAUAUUGUAAAUCGCAACAAAGCAUUACCAAGUAUUCGUCGUUGAUCUUGUACAGGUAGAUAUAAUACAUGUUGAAGCGUAUCACGAGCCAGUCAUAUUCCGUUUUUGCACGUUGUUCCCAUGCCUUCAAACUUGUCAGUGACAUUAUUCGCAAGUUGUCCGAUGGAGUUAUGCCAGUAUUAAGGAAUUCACUCUCAUCACCUUUUGUAUCUUCCUCAAGCGUAUUCUGGAAGCAUGAAACAAGCGGUUUUUUAGAAGACGUCGAUAAGAGCGAGAUCGAUAAGGGUUUUGAGCUUGUGACUUCAGGAACAGGAUUUAGCACCUGCGACAACAGGUUGGAAAUGUUCUUUGAGUUCAGCA